AUGGACAAGAUCAAGGAGCCUGGCCGGCAGAGCAAGGAUCUGGAGGGGCUGCGCGAGUGCAAGAGGCUCAUGAAGGAGUUUAGGGAGAUCAAGGAGGAGGAGUCGAUGAAUCCACCGGAUUUGACGAAGCAGCUGAAUGAAAAGGAGCAGUCACUGGUAAGUUCCAGGCCAGGAGAUUUUGCGAGCGCUAGGAUGGUGUCUCUUGCAGGUGGCCCUGCGCAAAACGUGAGUUCUUGUGUAUGCAUUCCUUCGCCAUGCCGGUGUCUCACAAGUUCUUCUCUUUUUCCUUGGUUUCGCCCAGCAAUGUCAAACCAGCAACUCAUGGACGCUGGGAAGAAAACUAUGGACGAGACGGAUCAGAAGAUUGAGCGCGUGAAAAAAGGUCCGAUCGACGCUCAAAUGACAAGUUGGCAUUCUUUUCUUCCGGGAUACACUGGUGGAGGAUCCUGUUUUGCAGCUUGCUACCAGUAG